AUGAAGUUCUACCCCAAAGCGCGAGAGCAGCGGCCUAGUAUCCACCACCCAUCUGUUCGGCCGCGUCGAUUGGGUGUUCUAAAGGCAGCUACUGUCAAUCUUCUGCUCCUUCAAAUUCUAUUCCUGGGUCUAUUCUGUUACAUAUUCGGCGCCCUUUUCCAGCAGUCCGGACACAUUCACAACAUCAAUGUUCUGUUCGUUGACUAUGAUGGCGGCGCGAUAGGCGAUGCGGCCCGUGUCGCCUUCCAGAAGCUCAAGGGACCUGGCUUUCCAACCUUUGUUGAGCGAUCUGUCUCCAUGUACCCUCAACCUGGCUUGAUUGAAGGUGCAGUCUGCGACAUCAAAUACUGGGCAGCAUUGUACACCACAGCAAAUGCGUCCAACGCAUUGAGUGCCGCAUUUGUGGGUGGGUCGGCUGCCUCUUCGUACGACAAGACCGAUGUUCUCACCAUGGUGUGGAAUGAAGCGCGGUACCCGACGGUCGUUGACUCAACCGUUGCAGACAGCAUGAAAUUGCUCUCGGAAACUGCGCGUGUUGCGUACUCGCAGGCCAACGGGAAAGUGGCUCUGCAGAGUGUCAAUAGCUCCGAUCCUGCUGCGCUUGCGGCGUUCUACGAACCUUGGACAUUGACCAGCAACAAUAUUCAACCCACAUCACAAGGCUCAAGGGCCAUUUACAACACGCUAGUUAUCAUCUUGAUCCUGAUCCAGGAAUUCUUCUAUCUGGGUACUAUCAAUGGGUUAUACGCUCAAUUCAAACUCUACACAUCGGUGACACCUCAUCGCAUGGUCAUCGCGCGCCAAAUCAUGUCUUUAAUCUACACUCUCUUCGGGGCCAUGUGUACGGCCGGCGCAAUCUGGGCAUUUCGGAGUGGCUGGCAUGUCAACGGAAACCAGUUUGCGCUCACUUGGCUGGCAUUAUGGCUCUUUGCACAUUUGAACUUCCUCGUGCUGGACGUCUUCACCAUCUGGCUUCCGCCUCCCUACGUACCGAUGGCACUGAUAUCGUGGGUCAUCUUGAAUGUUACUUCCAUUAUUCUCCCAUUCGAGCUCUCACCUGCUUUUUACAAAGUGGGCUAUGCCUUACCAGCACAUGCUGUCUUCCAGGUUCUCAUCGACAUUUGGUCUUCUGGCUGCAACCCCCAACUAUAUUUCGCGCUACCUGUUCUCUUCGUCUACGAGGUUCUUGGUAUCAGCCUGAGCUCCAUCGGUGUUUAUCGAAGGGCUCAUUACGCAAGUAUCAAAGAAGAGAUGGACGAAAAGGCGUUCCAAGAGCGGGUGGGGGCCGCACUCCUCGAGCAACAAGAGGCUCAACUGGCCAGACGGGAAACGACGCAUGAUGCCGAAGAAAGCGAAACAUCGGACAGCGAGGACGUGGAAAGGGGUGCCAUGCAAAGACAAGGCACAGUGACAUCAACCAGAGAUCAAGCGCAGUUGGUCAACAUUAUCAGCCGUGAGAUGUCUCGGUCGAAGGUCGAAAAACCAGAUACAGGCCGAGAUAGCACCGGGCCGUCUUUUGCUUUGGCCUACAGAUAUUGA